AUGCUGUGCGUGCUCACCCACUGCGGCUUCUCGCCUCCCAACGCGUUUGCUUCUCGCCUCCACGCCGACCACCAGCAUGUUCGCACCUCGCAUAUGACGAUGGUUGACUCGUGGUACGACGCCGGCCAGCGACUCAGCACCGCAGCCGCGAUGAGAGCAGCGAGCCCCGCUGCCGGCGGAUCCUCCCGUCUCGAAGCCGAGCUCGAAUCGACCAAGGCGGCGCUGCUGAAAGUCGCUCUCCUGAGCGGUCGUGGUGCGUGGGCGCGGCCGUCAGAGCGGGUCGCCGCUGCGCAGCUCGUCGAGAGCUUGGAGCAAGCGGCGGAGCAGGGCGGCGGGGAGGCGCCCUCCCUGCGGGACGGGACGUGGGAGCUCGUCCUCUCGGACGUGGAGCCCUUCCGUGCCUCCACCUUCUUCCUCGCGCUCGGCGAGGCGGUCGAGGCGCUGAUUCAGAAGGGCGCGUCCGACGGGGCGCUGACCGUGCACGCGCUCGCGACGGGCGGCGGCGAGGUCGGCCGCGUGGCUCACGUCGUGGAAGGCGGCGGCGGCUUCGUCUGCACUUGUCGAUCCCACGCGCCGAGGAGCCUUCUCUCGUGGAUCGGCGACCAGACCGUGCCGAGCGGGGAGGUGUUUUCGCGCGUGCUGGAGCCGCUCGGCGGCGGCCCCUCCGCGCAGCUCCGCCUCAGCUACUCGGACGGCGAGCGGGGGAAGGGGGGGGGGAGGCGCGCACGUCUCUGCGAUCGGCCGAGACGGCUCGAGAUUGUCGCGAGGUUAGGCGAGCUGAUGGUCUGGCGCGCGCCCAAGCUCGGCGACCACUUCUUCGUGUUUGUGCGGGGCGAGGAGGAGACGUGGCCGGCGAUGGAGGAGACGCGGCGGCGGCAGGCCAGCUCCGCCACGCAAAGCGCGGUCGGCUCCGCCUUCGCGCUCGGGAUGCUCAACCCCUUCUUCUCGCGAGCCGCCGGAGCGCGCAAGUCGUGA